GAAGAAUGCUUUCAAUAUCUCCUGAAAAACAGGCCAACCAUUGCUCUGAAAUUAUAUAAAUACAUGGUUUUUCAUUUCUCUGAUGAGAGACCAUCAUUUGAAGCAUUUGAAGAUUUAGGUGAGAGUAAAUCUAAUGUAUUUUAGUUGGCAAAUUGACUAAACCAGAAACUCUAAAUAGAAUGACUAGAACAGAAUAAUACUCAAUUAUUUCAAUUUAAAAGAUAAACAUGGCUAAAAUUGAUUAUGAUUAGGAAAAGAUCUCAUACUUGGAUGCAUUUGAUUUAUUGAGUGAGAUUGAAUACUUUAUAUGGGAAUAAGGAUAUUUUGUUACAGAUUAUUUAAUUUAGGAUGAAUACACUACAAGAUCUAUCCUCAGUAGACUAUUUACAUCUUCUGCAGGUUCUAUAAUGUUCUAUGAACUUACAAUAUUUUUAGAGCAAAACUUUCCUUGUUUAUCAAUAUUAUUAACAAAAUACUUCAACCAAUUGUUUAUUUCUCAAAGAAAUUAUAAUCAAUUGUCAAAGUUUCAAAAACCUUCUUAUUUAAUUAAUAAUUCUACUUUUGGAUAUAUGGCCAUUAGUAGUUCUGUGAUUUAAGAAGCAGACUCCUUUGAAUUGUUGUGGACUAGUGUAAAGGGAUGGAAUUUUGACUAAUUGUAUGCAGCUCUAAUAGGAUUUAAGGGAGCCACUCUCAUAUUGAUCAAAUUUGAUGAUAGCACUGAAAAUGACAGUGAUGAAGAGGAAAAUCAAAAAUAAAAAAAAAUAAAAGCUAAAAGCAAUAAACAUUGCAUAGUGGGAGCAUUAAAUUCAACUUAGUGGAUUGAGACUAAUUCAUAUUAAGGAACAAGUUAAUCGAUAUUAUUUUAAUUGUAUCCGACUUAUACUCCUUUUAAUGUUGCAACCGAUGUUUUUAAAUCUAAGAGACCUGGAUCUUAAAAUUACUGUUAUUUAAAUAAAACUGACAACAAGAAAGGAUUGGGAUUUGGAGGAGACAUGAAAUAAUUUAGAUUGUGGAUCUCUGCUCAAAAUAUAUAAUAAUCCAGUUAUGCAGCAAAGUAAGGGGAACCAUACAUAAAGGGUAUUCUAUUAUCGUAGAUACAUUUUAGGUGAUUUGAUUGAUCCUUCAAUACAGACACCCACUAUUACAUACAUGGAAGCGUGGGGAGUAGGGAAUCAAAAUUUGGAAUGCGAAAGUAGUAGUGAGGAGGAAAUUAAGUGUUAUAGAGAAUCUACAAAUGAUUUAUUAUUAAAAUAUUAAUCGUGA